CGCCGCGCCGCUACCCGGCUACCGCGCCUCCGCCGCCGCCGCCGCCCCCCGACGCCUGGGUGAUGCUGGACAUGGGAGAUAGGAAAGAGGUGAAAAUGAUUCCCAAGUCCUCGUUCAGCAUCAACAGCCUGGUCCCCGAGGCCGUCCAGAACGACAACCACCACGCGAGCCACGGCCACCACAACAGCCACCACCCCCAGCACCACCACCACCACCAUCACCACCACCACCCGCCGCCGCCCGCGCCCCAGCCGCCACCGCCGCCCCAGCAGCAGCAGCAGCAGCCACCCCCGGCCCCGCAGCCCCCGCAGGCACGAGGAGCCCCGGCCGCCGACGACGACAAGGGCCCACAACCGCUUCUGCUCCCGCCACCCGCCGCCCUGGACGGGGCCAAGGCCGACGCGCUGGGAGCCAAAGGCGAGCCGGGCGGUGGGCCGGCCGAGCUGGCGCCCGUCGGGCCGGACGAGAAGGAGAAAGGCGCGGGUGCCGGGGGGGAGGAGAAGAAGGGGGCGGGCGAGGGCGGCAAGGACGGGGAGGGGGGCAAGGAGGGCGACAAGAAGAACGGCAAGUACGAGAAGCCGCCGUUCAGCUACAACGCGCUCAUCAUGAUGGCCAUCAGGCAGAGCCCGGAGAAGCGCCUGACGCUCAACGGCAUCUACGAGUUCAUCAUGAAGAACUUCCCCUACUACCGCGAGAACAAGCAGGGCUGGCAGAACUCCAUCCGCCACAACCUGUCCCUCAACAAGUGCUUCGUGAAGGUGCCCCGCCACUACGACGACCCGGGCAAGGGCAACUACUGGAUGCUGGACCCGUCCAGCGACGACGUGUUCAUCGGCGGCACGACCGGCAAGCUGCGGCGCCGCUCCACCACGUCUCGGGCCAAGCUGGCCUUCAAGCGCGGGGCUCGCCUCACCUCCACCGGCCUCACCUUCAUGGACCGCGCCGGCUCCCUCUACUGGCCCAUGUCGCCCUUCUUGUCCCUGCACCACCCCCGCGCCAGCAGCACUUUGAGUUACAACGGCACCACGUCGGCCUACCCCAGCCACCCCAUGCCCUACAGCUCCGUGUUGACUCAGAACUCGCUGGGCAACAACCACUCCUUCUCCACCGCCAACGGGCUGAGCGUGGACCGGCUGGUCAACGGGGAGAUCCCGUACGCCACACACCACCUCACGGCCGCUGCGCUCGCCGCCUCGGUGCCCUGCGGCCUGUCGGUGCCCUGCUCCGGGACCUACUCCCUCAACCCCUGCUCCGUCAACCUGCUCGCGGGCCAGACGAGUUACUUUUUCCCCCACGUCCCGCACCCGUCAAUGACUUCGCAGACCAGCACGUCCAUGAGCGCCCGGGCCGCAUCCUCCUCGACGUCGCCGCAGGCCCCCUCGACCCUGCCCUGUGAGUCCUUAAGACCCUCUUUGCCAAGUUUUACGACAGGACUGUCCGGGGGACUGUCUGAUUAUUUCACACAUCAAAAUCAGGGGUCUUCUUCCAACCCUUUAAUACAUUAACAUCCCGGGGACCAGACUGUAAGUGAACGUUUUACACACAUUUGCAUUGUAAAUGAUAAUUAAAAAAAUAAGUCCAGGUAUUUUUUAUUAAGCCCCCCCCCAUUUCUGUACGUUUGUUCAGUCUUUAGGGUUGUUUACUAUUCUAACAAGGUGUGGAGUGUCAGCGAGGUGCAAUGUGGGAGAAUACAUUGUAGAAUAUAAGGUUUGGACGUCAAAUUAUAGUAGAAUGUGUAUCUAAAUAGUGACUGCUUCGCCAUUUCAUUCAAACCUGACAAGCCUAUCUCAAAAGGCUGCCAGAUUUCCAUGUGUGCAGUAUUAUAAGUUAUCAUGGAGCUAUCUGGUGGACGUAGGCCUUGAGAUCAACCUAAAUUAUGGAGAGAAUUUUUUAAAAAAAUGUUAAACUUGUAAUUUGUAUUUAAGAAUUUGUAGUAAAGGUGCCCAAGAAAUUAUAUUGGCCAUUUAUUGUUUUGUCCUUUUCUUUAAAGAACUGUUUUUACCUUUUGUUUACUUUUAGACCAAAGAUUGGAUUUUAGCAAAUGCACUUGGUAUACUAAGUAUUAAAAACAAACAAACAAACAAACGAAAAAGCAAAGUUGUUUAGUUGGCAACACUGCCCAUUCAAUUGAAUCGGAAGGGGACAAAAUUAAGGAUUGCCUUCAGUUUGUGUUGUGUAUAUUUCGAUGUAUGUGGUCACUAACAGGUCACUUUUAUUUUUUUCUAAAUGUAGUGAAAUGUUAAUGCCUAUUGUACUUAUAGGUAAACCUUGCAAAUAUGUAACCUGUGUUGCGCAAACGCCGCAUCAAUUUGAGUGAUUGUUAAUGUUGUCUUAAAAUUUCUUGAUUGUGAUGCUGUGGUCGUAUGCCCGUGUUUGUCACUUACAAAAAUGUUUACUAUGAACACACAGAAAUAAAAAAUAGGCUAAAUUCAUAUAGAUCUUGA